AUGGUUUCUGUUCAGGAGAAAAGUGGAGGGAACAAACACAGAUGCGGUGGGGUGCUAGUGUUCCCAGAUUGGGUCGUGACAGCCGCUCACUGCGUUGAUCCAGAUUUUGCACAGUCGCCGGGGGCGACACCCACAAUUGUUAUAGGAGCAUGCAAUCUUGAUGACAUCAACAAUGAAAACGGGGACGUUGAGAGGGUGCUGCCUGAAGAUACAAUUAUUCAUGAACGGUGGAAUGGGAAGGUCGAAGAUGGACACGACAUUGCAUUGCUCAAGCUGAGGAAGCAUUCUGCACACAGACCGGCUGGGCUGCCCGUCAGCAUCCAUACUUUGAGAGGCACUGAAAAGCUUGUAGCACUUGGGUGGGGACUGCAGGACAGGUCCAAGGCACAAAACAAGACCACACUUCAGCAAACCACUGCCAUUGAUUUUGUUCGGACCACAUUGUGUAAUGGAAGCUCAGCAGAUGCUUGGAAUGGGACCCUCAUUGACUCCAUGCUGUGUGCUUUUAGCUUCGAUGGCCAACAAGUCUGCAAAGGAGACAGUGGGGGACCCCUGGUGCAAGUGGAUGUCUCAAGUUCUGGAAUUUUAGAUGCCAACCCUGAACUUGACAUCAUUGUGGGCAUAACGUCUUUCACCGAGGAUGUUCCUUGUGGAGAUGCAACGAAGCCAAAUGUGUUCACACGGGUGGCCAGUUUUCGUGCCUGGAUAGAUUCCAAUGUCAAGGCAGCAUCUGCAUUGCCACCACCUUCCGUCCCAUCUGCUCCUUCCCCUAAGCUGCCGCCACCAGCGAGCUCUCCUAAUCCCCCUCCUGCAGCUCUGCCUCCAUCCCCAUCACCAGAAAGACUUCCAAAACCUUUGGGUGAAAAGACCAAUUGCAAACGAUAUCCUUACAUUGUGUCACUACGGGACCAUAUUAACAAGCAUGGUUGCAGUGGUGUGCUGAUCCACUCUUCGUGGGUGCUGACCGCCGCUCACUGCAUAGAGGACGGCGACGCCUUUCAGGGCGUUGCCAUUGUUGGAGCCUGUAAAUUGAGCGCUGCAAUUACACAGAAGAACACCAAACAGAGACAGGUGGCCUCGAUCGAUCUUGCAGUGCCUCAUCCGAAGUGGAAUGGAAAUAGGACUAACGGAAACGACAUUGCGCUGCUGAAAUUGGACCCGCCAUCUGAAGCCAGGACUAUUGCAACCACAUCCAGUUCAGAGUUGGAUGGGUCGUUGGUCGCCCUUGGAUGGAACGAGUUGGCAGAUGGCUCCCUAGCCGACAAACUACUUCAACAGACGGAUGUUUUGCCAAUGGAAAAUCGCGAUUGCGCAAGGAGUAAUGUGUGGGGCAAUGUCAUCGCCAACUCCAUGCUAUGCGCAACAGGCUUCGGAAAUGCACAACCCGAAUGUGGAGAUCCUGUGGAGGUACCCAUCACACCCAGAGCACUUGUGUAUAGUGCAGUGAGGCGGUUGGGAGGUGUCGUGGGGCAGUAUGCACUUCUUGCCUUCGAUGCAAGAGUGGUGAGCGAGGAGCACUGCAGGAAGAGGCAACGAUGCAUAGAUGUGGGCCAGCCCUGCCGAUGGGCAUGCAUCCUUGGGACGCGUGCUGAAAACGGGAGGCGCGCCCAUUUGACUCUGAGCUUCAGCCGAAAUGGUCCAAGCUUGAGCCGAAACGGGGACUGUGGGAGAUGCAAGGCCGGACCUGGCCCCCCACCCCCCACCACACCCCACCAUACUCCUUCCGCUUCUUCUUUUGCUGCAGUGUUGAUGAUGGUGCCCCCCUUGUGGCGGCAUUUGCGCCUGGUGGGGAUCCCUUAA